AUGAGUGCUGCUACAACUAAAGAAAGGACUUUCACAGGGUCAGAAAAAUCCAGAAGUGUCAGAUCCACCAACAUCACAGCAGCCAAAGCAGUCGCAGACGCCAUAAGAACCUCCUUAGGCCCACGUGGCAUGGACAAAAUGAUCAAAGACUCCAAAGGCGAAGUGACCAUUACCAAUGACGGAGCGACCAUUCUUAAACAAAUGGAAGUCGUCCACCCCACUGCCAAAAUGCUUGUAGAGCUCUCCAAAGCCCAAGACAUUGAAGCUGGUGAUGGUACCACCUCAGUUGUGGUAUUGGCUGGGUCUCUUUUAAGCUCCUGCAAUGCGCUGCUUGACAAAGGCAUCCACCCAAGUUUGAUUUCUGACAGUUUUAAGCUUGCGAUUAACAAAGCUUCAGAAGUCCUUGAAGAAAUGUCAAUAAAGCUUGACCUAAACGACGAAGAAGCCUUGAUAAAAAUCGCGUCAACUUCUUUAGCUUCCAAAGUUGUCUCACAGCACUCACAAGAGCUGGCUCCAAUUGCAGUCAGAGCCGUUAUGAAUAUAGUGAAACCUGACGACGAUAAUGUAGAUUUGAGGAAUAUUAAGGUCAGUAAAAAACUAGGAGGGACUGUAGACGAUACAGAGCUGGUAAAUGGCCUGGUUUUCGCCACAAACCACGCCGCACAUGCAGCUGGAGGCCCUACCAGAGUAGCAAACCCUAAGAUUGGACUGAUUCAGUUCUGUUUGUCGUCACCUAAAACUGAUAUGGAAAACAGCGUCGUUGUGCAUGAUUAUCAAGCUAUGGACAGAAUUUUGAGGGAAGAAAGAAAAUAUAUCGUAGGACUGUGCCAGAAAAUAGUCCAAACAGGCUGCAAUGUCCUUUUAAUACAAAAAUCAGUCCUCAGAGACGCUACAAACGAUUUGAGCUUGUUUUAUUUAGCUAAAAACAAAAUUAUGGUCAUUAAAGAUAUAGAACGUGAUGAUGUAGACUUUAUAUCAAGAACUCUUGGACUCACCCCAGCUGCUCACGUUGAUCAAUUUACCCCAGACAAGCUAGGCACAGCUGAGUUAUGUGAAGAAGAAACAGUCGGCGAAGGCAAAAUUGUGAGGAUCACAGGCGUCCAAAAUGACCAUCCAAGCGGCAAAACGUCCUCAAUUCUUAUAAGAGGCUCAAACCAAUUGAUUCUUGACGAAGCUGAUAGGUCUUUACAUGACGCUCUUUGUGUUAUAAGAAGUCUUGUCAAGAAAAAAGCUCUUUUACCAGGUGGAGGAGCCCCUGAAACUGAAAUUUCUAUCAGACUAAUGGAAUUUUCAAGACAGCUUAUAGGUGCUGAAGCCAUCUGUGUAAGAGCUUUUGCUGAGGCUUUUGAAAUAAUCCCAUACACUUUAGCAGAAAAUGCAGGACUGAGUCCGAUUUCACUUGUGACAGAGCUUAGGAAUAGACAUAUUGAAGGAGACAGAAAUGCAGGAAUUAACGUGAGGAGAGGAGGGAUCACGAAUAUGUUGGACGAAAAUGUGAUGCAGCCUUUAUUGGUUACAUUGAGCGCAGUGAGGUUAGCAACUGAGUGUGUCAGGAUGAUUCUGAAGAUUGAUGAGGUCGUGAUGGUUAGAUAA